UGUUAAUGUAUUCUUCCAUGAGAGUUUCAAAGAGAAUAAAGAGUUGUUUUUACGUGAUGAUCUCAUGUUCUUAAUGGUUGAAACUUGAAAUCUUUGUUUGUUUUGCACAUGAAUUGUUUGUAUAAAUGCAUGUGUUGAUGUCAUUUGAUUGGCUUUUGAGUUAUUCAAACAGGAUGAAUAAACGGAGUGAUCUAGGAGUAGAUUUCAUGGCAGAUGCUACUGACCCAUUUCCUGACUUGGGAAGCGUGUAUAAAGUUUCCGGUCGUUGUCAAGUAAACCGGGAUGUAGCUGACAUCAAGCUUGCUUCUUCAGUGGAUGGAAGGGAGUCUAAAAACCGAGUUGCUGCAAAUUCCGGGUUACAUAAAGAUUCUACAUCUAAUGUAUGGGGACAUCCAAAUUUGAUUCAGAAACUUAAGAUGCAAACUACUUCCAAUGUCAGGCCAACUGUGGAUGGUUCUUGUUUGAGUUCGAGAAGACAUGGUAGUGCAUCGACCCAACAAGGUGCUGGAACUUGCCCUGUUCAAGCUGGUUUCACUUUGCCUAACAGUUCAGAAAAUAGAGUUGAUGAAUAUGAUAACAAUGACCCUGAUGUUGUGUAUGAUAACGAUGAUUUGGAUGACUAUGACUUCGAUUUUGAUGAAGACGAGAAGAGUCAUGAAGCACGCAAGAAGAGCAAAUGGUUCAAUGCAUUCUUUGAACGUUUAGAGAAAUUGACUGUUGAGGAGAUCAUUUCACCAGCUCAGCAAUGGCACUGCCCUGCAUGUCAAGGUGGACCGGGAGCCAUUGAUUGGUAUCGAGGUGUACAGCCUCUAAUGACUCAUUCCAUGACUAAAAUGACACGGAGAGCUAAGAUGCAUCGUGUAUUCGCGGAACUUUUGGUCGAGGAGAUGCGUAGGAGAGGAACUUUCAUUAAACCGGCCAACGAUGCUGUUGGCAAAUGGGAAGGGCUUAAUGUUAGAGUUGCAGAUCAUGAAAUAGUUUGGCCACCAAUGGUUAUCAUUAUGAAUACAAAAUAUGAACAGGACGAAACCGGCAAGUGGAGUGGGAUGGGAAAUCAAGAGCUUCUCAAUUACUUCAGCUCAUAUGCUGCGAUAAAAGCGAGACAUUCGUAUGGUCCACAAGGUCACCGCGGGAUGAGUGUGUUGAUCUUUGAGAGUUCAGCAGCAGGGUAUUUAGAGGCUGUUCGUUUGCAUAAACAUUUUAAAGAACAAGGAAGGGAUAGGGAUGCUUGGGAUCAUUCACAGGUCCCAUUCUGUCCUGGUGGAAAACGCCAACUUUACGGCUACAUUGCCAUCAAAGAAGACUUGGAUGUAUUUAACCGACACUCUCAAGGGAAUUCCAAGCUGAAAUUCGAGCUGAGAUCAUACCAAGAGAUGGUUGAGAGCCAAAUAAAGAAGAUAAACGACAAUAGUCAGCAACUUACCCGACUUAAAAAGAAGGUUGCUCAAGAACAGCAACAUUCACAAGUCCUUGCAGAGUCUCUAGGCCGAUUGAGUGAGAAGCUCCACCAGACAAUAGAGCCGAAAAAUCAUAUCGUGAGGCAACGAGCUAUAUUGCAGCAUGAACAGAACAAAGAAGAGUUGAUAGCUAAAGAACAAUAUUUCAAGGAGAAAAUCAAUACUAUUUACCAAUCCAUAGACUGUAAGGAAGAUAAUUUCGAGAAGCUGCAAAGGGCUGCAAGUGAGAGAGUUAAGCAAUCAAAUAUGAAUCCGAUACAUGAUAAAGAUGAAUGCAGUGCCAUUGAGCUUCAUGAGAAAAACAUAGGAGAGUUCAAUGCAGAGAGGGAGAAGCUGAUGAAAAGUCGUCAAGAUAGAAGGUUAACAAUCACACUACGGUAUUGGGAAGAUCUUGUCAAGCUCGAGGAAGGGUUUGAAAAAGAAUUUACCUUGCUUAUGGAAAAGUACACCCACAGAAUAUUGCAUUGAGGAACAAUAGACCACUAAAUAGACAAGACAUGAACAAGAGAUAAGGAAAUAGAAGACACAAUACCACCAUGACCAUUACCAUUGGCACAGUGAACAGAAGCAAGACAAACACUUGUUUGAUAGGUAAAUAUAAACCAGUUUUGUUACUUGAUACACGUUUAAGUUUUGGAAAGAGAAAAAUGGUUUAUGAGGGAGGGAAGUUUGGGUUUCAUGGUGAACACUGAAAUAGUGAAACUUCAAGUAAUGUUUUUUAUGCAUUUUUGUUUCAGAUUUUUGGCAUUUGCCCAUGGUAUUGUCAACUUCACCAUAAA